AUGUGGACCGUCUACAGUGGUGCAACGCACCACAUUUGCCACGAAAAGACCAAGUUUGCAAGUUUGGCAGAGCGCAAUGAGGGCGAACUCUUGGUGGCUGAUGGCAACGAGGUGGCCAUCAAGGGUGUUGGAACCAUCAUGGAAAAGGUGGUUCUGCCCAACGGUGAAGAGCGCGAGAUCGAGAUCAAGAACGCGUUACAUGUUCCAAGUAUGAGCAAGAACCUGCAUGGGUGCCAAAGACUAACAGGCAUGACAUGUUCCAAGUCGUGUUUGACGGGUCCAAGAUGUAUGUGA